CUCCUCACUGAUAGAACUCCCGACAUUUUGAGAAUCUCUAGACAGUGCUUUCCGCACCAUGGCCAUCAGCGAAAGCGCAAACCUGCGCAAGUGUCAUUUGGCCACCUGGCAGGAUGAGGAACCAGGUACAGUGCUGGAGGACUCCGUGAACAGGCACAAGAACCCCCUGGCAGAUCAAUUCCCAGAUAUGUCUUUCUUGAACUCUCUGGAGAUGGUCCUUGGGAAUAUCAUCCAGAAUGCGCAGCAAACCCCGCGUGCGAGCCAGCUCUUAGAGUCUGGAUGUCUCAGGGCCAAUGCGGCGCGGCAUAUUUUCUGGGACCCCAGCAAGGUGAAAGCUGCAAUUGUGACCUGCGGAGGGCUUUGCCCUGGCUUGAAUUCGAUCAUUCGCGGCGUCACCAAGUGCCUGUGGAAUGAUCCUUGGC